AUGGAGAAGGCAAAAGAUGGAUCCGAGAACAUGAACAACAACAACAACAAGAAUCGAAUCCAAGUUUCCAACAUGAAGCGACCUCUCUUCUUUUACGUCAAUCUUGCCAAGAGACAAAUGCAGCAGCGCAACGAGGUCGAGUUAUCGGGUCUUGGAUUGGCAGUGGCAAAGGUUGUGACGAUCGUGGAGAUCCUCAAGAGCAAAGGGUUUGCUACGGAGAAGAAAAUCAUGACUUCAACUGUGGAUAUGGAGCAAGGGAUGGGAGCACGACCCAUUCAAAAGGCCAAGGUUACUAACGCCGUUCAUCCCAAAAAAACUCACAACUCGGUUUAG